CCCUUAUUAUCCACAGCUGAGGAGCCGCUACCCAGAAGUCAGUGCGGCCACCGCGGCUCUAGGCUCCGGACCCUCCGAAAAUGAAACCAUAUCAGCACCCACAAAGAUUACUUGAAACCCCACAACAACCAUCCUCCACCAGCAGGAUACAGGACCAGUGCGGGCUGCACUCCUCUGACUUACCAUUCCUUGUGGGAAUCAAGCGAUUCAUGGUGUUGUGCUCAUAGUCUAACACCACAAGCAGUUAUACACCCAUCAUGGCAAGAGACUUAAGAGUUUCCAUGGACCAAGACCUUGCUGUUGACAUAGUUCCCAGGGAACCUAAAAAGUUACCCAAACAGGCUCGAGAAGGCCGAGCCUUGACUGUCAACCGCUUUAAUCUGUUCUCUGAGCAUAAGAAGCCACGGCAGAGGUACAUGGAGAAAGAUGGCAAGUGCAAUGUUCACCAUGGCAAUGUCAAAGAGACCUACCGAUACUUCAGUGACCUCUUCACCACCUUGGUGGACCUCAAGUGGCAUUUCAGCCUGUUCAUAUUUACCCUGGUAUACACUGUCACAUGGCUGUUUUUUGGACUUAUUUGGUGGCUUAUUGCUUACAUCAGAGGAGACCAUGAACAUGUAGGUGACAAAAGCUGGGUCCCUUGUGUGGAAAAUCUUGAUGGCUUUGUGUCUGCGUUCCUAUUUUCCAUUGAAACCGAAACCACCAUUGGUUAUGGAUACCGGGUGAUAACAGAAAAGUGUCCUGAAGGAAUUGUCCUGCUGUUAAUACAAGCCAUCCUGGGCUCCAUUGUGAAUGCCAUGAUGGUUGGCUGCAUGUUUGUAAAGAUAAGCCAACCUAAAAAGCGAGCCGAGACCCUUAUGUUCUCUAAUAACACAGUAAUUUCGCUCAGAGAUGGGAAAUUGUGUCUGAUGUUUCGUGUUGGAGAUCUCCGAAGUUCCCAUAUUGUGGAAGCCUCGAUCAGAGCCAAACUCAUUAAAUCCAAGCAGACAAAGGAAGGGGAAUUUAUUCCUUUGAAUCAGACCGACAUCAAUGUUGGUUUCGAUACCGGAGAUGACCGCCUCUUCCUUGUCUCACCGCUGAUAAUUUCACAUGAAAUCAAUGAAAAAAGCCCUUUUUGGGAAAUGUCUCGCUCUCAGCUGGAAAAUGAAGACUUUGAAAUUGUUGUCAUUUUAGAAGGCAUGGUGGAGGCUACCGGAAUGACUUGUCAAGCACGCUGCUCCUAUGUGAAUACAGAGGUUUUAUGGGGAUACCGGUUCAUCCCAGUCCUUACUUUGGAAAAAGGAUUUUAUGAAGUGGAUUAUACAACUUUUCAUGACACCUACGAGACCCCAACCCCCACCUGUAGUGCCAAAGACCUGGAGGAAUUACGAAAAGGGGACCAUCUCUCCCAUCAACGCAGCACACCACAAAGGAAUGAGGGAACGCAGAAUGGGGCCCUAAGGUCAGAGAAUAACAGCAUUGGGGCGCAACCGGACUAAACUGAGAGAAUCAAGAUGACUUGUGCUGCAAGACAUUCCAUGUCUACGGCUAGAGGAGAUGUGAGAACAUUUGACUUCUAGGUUUAGUUCCUGACCAUCUUUGUUCUGGCAGAUGAAGAUGUUUGAGACGACUUGUGGAUGGAAUGGUAACAUCUCGUGUACAUAAGGAUGGCGUAGGCAGCAGAGUCACAGAAAGCAGGUCACAUCCAGAGGGUCACCUGCAUAAGAUAUCAUGGUCUAAGAUGGAGAACAUUUGUCAUUUAGACAGCAAACGUCCUGUGGUGACCUCUUUCUGUUCAUUUCUUGGCAGCAAGAGGAUCAAUCAAUAUUUUGCUUCACUCACAAGCACUGGAAAUCCAGAAUCCUGGUCCAGAGGUAUUUCACUUUGCAGGAAUAGUGGGAAGUGCUUAUUGGGGUAACUUUCACUACUGUUAUAUUCAAGAUUAAUAAUAAAAUAUCAUCCAUUGUAAA